AAAAAUUUUAUAAUUUUAAAAUGAAUUUAUUUUCUCAAACUAAAUUAACAUUAAAAUUAAAAAAGCAAAACAGUAACAGUACACUAUCUAAUGUUUCUACAAAUAAAUGUCAAGAUUUAACAACUASUGAUUCUGUAAAAUCUGAAUAUAAUAAUUUACCAAAUAAUAGUAUGUUAUCUGAAAAUGAUAGUUUUAUAGAAAUGUUGCAUACUGUUCGUCCUCAGGAUGAAAAUAUAACUAUGUCACAAAAUGUUUUUAAGACAUCUCCAGUUCAAAAUGUAUCUGAUGUCAUAAAUGAAAGUAAACAAUGUCCAGUUUGUUUACAAAUUAUUGAUCUUAAGCAUUUUAUUAACCAUGUAAAAUCUUGUGGUACAUCACAUAAUUUAUCAUCUGAAGUACUUAUAAAAGCUGUGGAUCUUCAAGAGCGCCAAGCAGUUGAAAGAGAGGCGCUAGGAUUACCUAAAUUGACAAAAAGUAAAGAUGUUAAARUUAAAAAAAAGAAUACAAAACAAACAAAGUUAAAGAUUGGAAGUGAUUCUAAUUUUGAUUUGGCUAUUGCUAUGUCUAUGUCCUUACAAGAGUCUAAGGAAGCUGAAAUUAUAAAAGAAUCUGAAAACCUUUUAGAAGCAGGCUUAGAAACCGAGGCCAUAGAAAAAAGGAAGACAUUGGAAAGCUUUGGUUUUAUAUCAAAUCAGCCAAUUAAAUCUAAAUCUAAAAAUUGUAAAGUUCAAAUUUGGACUAAAUACSUAAAAAUUACGGAUUGUAAACUCUGGAAAAAAUCAGUACUUGAAGAAGAUAAUGUAUUAGAGUUUUAUGUGAAAAAUAUGUCCAAGUUUUUAAGCUCCGGUGAAAGCAAUGGUUUACAAAAUAUUGUUAAAUUUCCUUUACAUCUAAAUACUAUGAAWCAGGAACCAAAUGCUACUGAUGAUGAAGUCAAUAAUAUAUUUCAAGCAGUUAAAGAUGAUUCAAAUAUUUUUAAUAAACAUGUUACACAUAAAAUUGUUGAACAUAAAACAGUGCCAGAAUAUUCAUCCAAGUGGAAAUCAAUGAUAGGUAGUCAGUUUAUGAGUGAUGUCACUAUAUUUUCUAAAGAUGAACAUGCAAUUCCUGCUCACAUUCUAGUCCUUUAUGUACAGUGCCCUGAUAUUUUGAAUGACAUAAUUACAGAAGAAUCUGAUACAUAUAAAUCAAAAAAAAUGGUAAUGUGGUCUGAGUACACUUAUGAAGCAUGCAUGGCCUUCUUAGAACUAAUUUACUCUGGCCAAGAACAAUUAAUAAGUCCAGAGUACAGAAAAGAUUAUUUGCAUUUAGUUACAAGGUACAAUGCUCAAAAAGUUGUAAAUGAUGAUGAUGGAAAACAUGGAUGGUUUACUGAAGAGUAUGAUAAAGUAUCAAAACGUAAAAGCUCAGAAUUAUAUUCAACUGAUAAUAAAAGAUAUAAAGCUCUCAGUCCAGAUAUGUUUAUGAUGGAUAAUACAACUGAAGAAAUAGGUAAUACGAGUUCUAAUUUUUUAGGAACAACUGUGAAUGAUGAAAAAACCUCGAGUGUAUUAAAAACUAAACAGUGGUUGAACAAUUGUAACCUAACUCAACAUCACAAUUCAUCAUUCACARAAAAUUUAGAUAUUAAUGUUCUACCACAAACUAUUUCACCAAUGGGUAGUCCAGCUCAUUCUUUUCAUAGUGCAUCGACUGUUGUACAUAUUCAAUUAUCACCUAGCGAUCAUCAUGUUGACUAUGAAAGUAAUGAUGUACCCAUUAGUCCAAUAUUAGAUAUUAGAAAAGCAUCCUCCAAAUCAUUACCUGUCGAUGAAUCAAGCGUGAAAUCUAUUUUAAUAUCAAAUAAUAUUGAAAACAUUCCUAUUGAUUUGGAAAGUCCUUCAAACAAAAUUUCAAUACUUCCCAACUUACGUAAAGAACCAGAAUUAAUUACAAUCAUCAGUGAUAGUGACAAUGAAUCGAUAGAUAUGAUUUUGUCUUGUUAUAAUGGUACAUCUUGUGAUAGAAAUAUCAAUCUAUUGAAUGAAAACAAUUGUACACCUUUUAAAGCAAGCAUUAAGAGAAAGAAAAAUUAUUUUUCAUUUAACUCAGUUGAUAAAAGUAAUGAUAUAAGUGUUAUUGAAUUAAAUGACAGCAGUUUAGAUUCAAUUCAUUCAGGUAUUACAAAUAGAUUACAUAAAAGAAAUUGUAAMUAUAAAUUGGGCAAUUUUUCUGUUGACAAGUCUAUCCUUUCAACACCGCGAACUAAGACAUUCAUAAAUAUUGAUGAUGAAAGCACCACAACUUCCACUGUACCAAAGUUUCUUCCCUCAAAUACUUCUAAUGCUCAAAUUCCAUUUUCAAAUAAUACAAAUUUUAUUGACUUAAUAAAUGAUAGUAGCUCAGAUUCUAUCUUAACAAUUGAUAAAACAAAAGAUGAUAGUUUGUUGACAUCAUUUUCAACAUUGCCAUUGAAUAAUAAUGUUCAACAAAAUUGUCAGAAUUCUUCAACCCCCUUUUUAAAUGUAUUGGAGGAUAUAAAUUCUCCAAUUUAUGACAGUUCAACUACAAAAACUGAAGCAAAUAAUUGUGUAUUGAAUGCAUCAUCAUUAAAAGAAAGUGACACAUGGUCAAAUUUUUCAUCUCCAAUAAGGGAUGAAGGUUAUUAUGCACAAAUUAUCAGAAAAACAAAUGAAGAUUUCUGUUCAACAAAUUCUUCUAACAAUACUGUUUUACCUAAAUGUAACAAUUCAAAACUAUUAUCCAAAUCUACUGAGCAAUUAUUUGCAUGUAAAGAAUUUGAUCGUUAUGGCCUUAAAGAUCUUGGAAGGCGCAAAGGAAAACUUAUAUUAAGACAUAUUUAUGAUGUUACACAUCCUAAAUAUGAUUCUGAAGAAGCAAAAUGUGUUGGAGACUCUGAACAGUAUUCUGAUUCUUCGGAUAGUUCAGAACCUGGAAUCCCUUAUUAUGAAGCUGAAGAUUAUGACGAAUUAGAAACUUAUAGUCAAACAAAUUUAUCAAAUAAAAGUAAGUUUUAUAAAGAUCUACAUCUAUAUAU